GGCGCGCGCGCGGCAGCGGCAGCGGCUUCACUUCUCUUCGGGCGGCGGGGGCAGGAGCGGCGGCGGCGCUGGGAGGAGAAGGAGCAGCAGCAGCCGCGGCCGCCGCCGCCGCCGAGGAGCGAGGGAAGAGGCGGCGGGAUUAAAGGGAGAGGAGCAAGCAGGAAGGCGAGGGGGAGAGCGCGGGCGGGCUCAUGACUCAGUGAGCGGCCGCAGCCCCUCGCCAGCCCCUCGCCCGGCCGGACGCGGGGCUCCCGCCUCGGAUCGUCCCGCAGCCCGGCGCCGCCACAGACCCGCGCUCGCCCGCAGUGCUGCCAUGUCUACAGAGGGGCAGAGAGUUGAUGAUAGUCCAAGCACUAGUGGAGGCAGCUCUGAUGGAGAUCAGCGUGAAGGUGCUCAGCAGGAACAAGAAAGGGAACAAGUUCAACCCAAGAAAAAAGAGGGCAAAAUAUCAAGUAAAACAGCUGCUAAACUGUCAACUAGUGCUAAAAGAAUUCAGAAAGAACUUGCAGAAAUUACAUUAGACCCUCCUCCAAACUGUAGUGCUGGACCCAAAGGAGACAACAUUUAUGAAUGGAGGUCAACUAUACUGGGGCCUCCAGGGUCUGUGUAUGAAGGUGGAGUUUUCUUCCUUGACAUUACCUUUUCACCGGACUAUCCUUUUAAACCACCUAAGGUAACAUUUCGGACAAGAAUCUAUCACUGUAAUAUUAACAGCCAAGGCGUCAUCUGCCUGGACAUUUUAAAAGACAACUGGAGUCCAGCAUUAACCAUUUCUAAAGUUCUCCUCUCCAUCUGCUCCCUUCUCACAGACUGCAACCCGGCUGACCCCCUGGUUGGAAGUAUUGCCACUCAGUAUAUGACUAACAGAGCAGAGCAUGACAGAAUGGCCAGACAGUGGACCAAGCGAUACGCUACAUAGGAACCUCCUCUAGAAUAUGCUGGACCUGUGCAAGCACAUUCACUAAGUGCAUCAAUAGCCCUUCCCUUCAUUCUUAUUUUUUAUUAAAUUUUGAACCAUUUUGUGACAAAAGGUUGUCCUUACUUUCUUUUUGAUUUUAUUUUUAUUUUUAUUUGUUUUGGGUUUUUUGUUCUGUUAACUUGAAAGCUGUUUCCCUCAAAUGUAGACAGGGAAUUUUGGUUAUCAGUGCAAAGAAUGUUGGAUCUGUAAUAGUAUAGAGCUUUGUCACAAAGCUUUGUAUUAAUGUGUGUUUUUUUUCUUUUAUGUGGUUUUGGGAAAACAAACAUUCAGAAUUAUAUCUCGUUUCUACUUAAAUGUAGUGCUUAGGGUUAUUUUUUUGUACUGAAGUCUUUAAUGGUGGGUGCAUGCUACUGGGAACAAGUUUUGUAUAAAAGCUUAAAAUCAAGAAUCACUGUGCAUUACUAAGACUGUGUUUAUCACUAGCCUUCUGUUUCCCACACAAAAGGCUAUUGCGUUGAACAAAUUAAUAUGUAUUUUGAUUUACUUAAAAAAAAAAGUGCUUGUAAAUUUCUUAGGGACCUGCCACUUUUGACUGUGGAUCAGUUGAUGUACACUUGUAUUAUUAAAGCACUCAAUAAAACACUGUGGCUGAUAAAUGCA